AUGUCUGCAAUCGUCAACGGGUACAAACAUGAGUCUGAGCGGAUAGCUCACCAGGAAGAGAAGCAUUUGCCGGGAGGAUGGGUGGUGCUCAAGUUCGGUGGUACGAGUGUGGGCAAGUUUGCGGAGAAUAUAGCGGGCAUUGUCAAAGCUGGCCUGAAGGACAAUCGCGCCGCCAUAGUCUGCUCCGCGCGCAGCAACAACACCAAGCUCGAAGGAACGACGAACCGCCUCCUCCGCGCUGCUCGUGCUGCCGAGAAACCCGCCAAUCGCGGAUACGAUGAGAUUGUUGAAGCGAUUCGCACCGACCACAUCCAGGCUGCGACGGACUCGAUCAAUGAUGCUGCGAUCCUGGCGACCUUCACCGAAGAGGUCAAUGCCGAAUGUGAGAGCCUGACCAAGAUUCUGGAGUCGGCGCAACAUUUGGAGGAAGUCACCAGCCGCGCCGAAGACAAGAUCAUCAGCAAGGGCGAGAAGCUGAGCUGUCGCUACAUGGCUGCGCUCCUGAGUGACCGCGGUACACCUGCGCAGUUCGUCGAUCUAUCCGACAUUGUCAAGUGCGGCUUGUCGGAAAAGGGACUGAACGACCAGUUCUACAAGGAUCUGGCCGAGUCUCUGGGCAAAGAGGUGGCAGCGUGCGGCGACAAGGUGCCAGUCAUCACAGGAUAUUUUGGCAAUGUUCCCGGCGGCAUUCUCACCUCUAUUGGACGCGGAUACACGGAUCUUUGCGCUGCCCUAGUUGCUGUUGGAAUCAAGGCGAAAGAGCUACAGGUCUGGAAAGAGGUGGACGGCAUCUUCACCGCGGAUCCUCGCAAGGUUCCUACAGCUGCUCUCCUUCCUACCGUGACGCCCUCUGAAGCCGCCGAAUUGACGUUCUACGGUUCCGAGGUCAUCCACCCCUUCACCAUGGAGCAGGUCAUCCGCGCGCGCAUUCCAAUCCGCAUCAAGAAUGUCAUGAACCCGCGCAACGCCGGCACCAUCAUCUUCCCAGACAACCUUGCCGCAGUUGAUGAUCGCGCGCCGCUCAGGGACUCGGCACUCUUCCGCACCCGCUCGUCCAGUCUCUUGACUAACCUCUCGGGCCCCAAGCGCCCUACUGCAGUCACCAUCAAGCACAACAUCGUCGUGCUCAAUGUGCACAGCAACAAGCGCACCCGCGCCCACGGCUUCCUGAUGAACAUCUUUAGCAUCCUCGACCGCUGGCACUUGUCUGUCGACCUCAUUUCCUCGUCUGAGGUGCACGUGUCCAUGGCACUGCACUCCGAGUCCGCCCUGCUCAGUGGCGGGGGUGAGGAUGAGUACAAGAUCCAAGACAAGGAUCUGCAGGGAGCAGUAAACGAUCUGGGCACCCUUGGCACUAUCGACAUUGUGCCUGACAUGGCUAUCGUGAGCUUGGUGGGUAAGCAGUUGAAGAACAUGAUUGGUAUCAGUGGAAAGUUCUUCAGCGUGCUGGGUCAGAACAACAUCAACAUUGAGAUGAUCUCGCAGGGUGCCAGCGAGAUUAAUAUCUCCUGCGUCAUUGAGGAGCGCGAGGCCGACCGCGCAUUGAACGUCGUGCAUACGAACCUUUUCACAUUUCUAGAUUAAGCAUUUGCAUCUGUGGCGUUUGAUACCACGUAGAAAGAAUUUCAUCUUUGUCUUUUCUCUCC